AUGAAGUUUGGGAAGGAAUUUGCCUCACAAAUGGUGCCAGAAUGGCAAGAAGCUUACAUGGGUUAUGAUCAUUUGAAGACCCUUCUGAAAGACAUCAAGCGUACGAAGCAAAAAAAGAGGCCAUCAGGUGACCUAAACCGAGCUUUAACUCUGUACAGAACUUUCAGUGGUCUAAUACAGAGGCAGAAGAAGCAUUCUACAGGCUCAAAGGACAUUGAAAGCCAAGCCAUUCCUGAGAAUUCUGCGAGUGCCCCUGAAAGUUACGAUACAUUUUUUCUCCUGGCUGCCAAGGAAGGAGGGGAACCUGUGUUAGUGUUCUUGAAAAAGCUUGGCGAUGAGUUUGAUAAGGUUGACAGCUUUUACAAAUCUAAGGUCCAAGAGGUGAUGGAUGAAGCUGAAAUGUUGAGCAAGCAAAUGGAUACUUUGAUUGCCUUUCGUGUGAAAGCGGAGAACUUGCAGGGAUUGUUUAAUAAGUCUAGAAGCUUGAAUCAUCUUGGUUCUGAUGUUGCAGCGACAACUUCAUCUAUUGCUGGAUCAAGUAGAAGUAUCUCCAUGGAUGUACAGUCGAAUCGAAGGCAAGUGGAUGACCUAAAUGACGGUAUAGAUGAUAAACAUACCGAUACCAUCCGCGAAGAGAUUGAUGAAAAGAAACUAAAGAACAGCAGUAGAUGGAAAGCAGCUCCAUUAGAAAUACUUAAUCAAGCGAAACUGAAAAGAAUUUGUGAAACUCCUCGUUCAACCAUCAAAGGCUUCUUCGACAUGUCUAAUCAAACCGAGCCAAAGCGGUACCGGAUCAAUUAUACCUUCAUAUUUGGCUUCAAACAAGGAGCAGAACUGGGUUACCGAGAUGUUCUGAUGUUAGGCUUUGGUCUAGCGGUGCUGUCAAUAGCCAGCGUGCUUGCAAACCUUGACAUGGAAAUGGAUCCCAGAACAAAAGAUUACGAAGGAUUGACUGAACUUGUACCUUUAGGUUUGGUUGUGCUUGUGCUUAUCAUAUGCAUCUUCCCAUUCAACAUUAUAUAUCGCUCAAGUCGCUUCUUCUUUCUCACAAGUUUGCUUCACUGCAUCUGUGCUCCUCUAUACAAGGUCUCAUUCCAGGAUUUCUUCUUGGCAGAUCAGUUAACUAGCCAGGUGCAAGCCCUUAGAAGCUUGGAGUUCUACAUAUGCUACUAUGGCUGGGGAGACUAUAAACUAAGACAAAAUACAUGCAAAACCAGUGAUGUAUACAGCACUUUCAAUUUCAUCAUUGCUGUAAUUCCUUACUGGUCUCGUCUCCUUCAGUGCGUUCGACGCCUCUUUGAAGAGAAGGACAUGAAGCAAGGAUAUAAUGGGCUUAAGUAUUUCUUCACAAUUGUUGCCGUCUGUACCAGGACUGCAUACAGUCUUGAUAAAGGACUGGCCUGGAAAGCGAUCGCCGGAAUAUUCUCAGCAAUUGCUGCUGUCUAUGGUACAUACUGGGACCUAGUCAUGGACUGGGGGCUUCUGCAAUUUAAGUCGAAGAACUGGUUGCUAAGAGACAAACUCCUUAUCCCAUACCGAAGCGUGUAUUUUGGAGCAAUGGUCCUGAAUGUAUUGCUGAGAUUUGCCUGGUUGCAAACUGUCCUGAACUUCCAAGUGUCUUUCCUACAUGCACAGAGCUUAAUUGCAAUUGUUGCCAGCCUAGAGAUUAUUCGUCGCGGAUUAUGGAACUUUUUCAGGUUGGAGAAUGAACAUUUACACAACGUUGGAAAGUAUCGCGCAUUCAAGUCUGUACCACUACCUUUCGACUACAAUGUAGACGAAGACAAACAUCAGUUGGUUAUUGCAUCAGAACAAAAUCAAUAG